CGAUUGGAACCAUUUUCGGGUUUUACCGCUAGGUUUUAUGGGUAUUAUGACGCGUCCACUGUGCCGGACUAUAGACAGUACUUUAAUUAGCAUAGCAACGCCCGAGAUAUGUAACCACGACACAAGUCUUUGCCAAACGAAAUAGCUACAUUCGAUAUGGCUGAGCCGGAGCUUCUGCUGGAUUCCAAUAUCAGACUUUGGGUGGUCUUGCCCAUUGUCUUCAUCACUUUUCUUGUUGGGGUGAUUCGACAUUAUGUCUCCAUUUUGCUUCAGAGUGACAAAAAGCUGACAUUAGAGCAGGUAUCAGACAGCCAGGUUCUCAUCAGGAGCAGAAUUCUCAGAGAGAAUGGGAAGUACAUUCCAAAACAGUCAUUUUUGAUGAGGAAGUUUUACUUCAAUAAUCAAGAAGAUGGAUUCUUCAAAAAUACCAAAAGAAAGGUUGUUCCUCCCUCCCCAAUGACAGACCCCAGCAUGCUGACAGACAUGAUGAAGGGCAACGUGACCAAUGUUCUUCCCAUGAUCCUCAUCGGAGGCUGGAUUAACUGGACCUUCUCAGGGUUUGUCACAACCAAGGUUCCUUUUCCUCUCACCCUGCGCUUCAAGCCCAUGUUGCAACAAGGAAUCGAGCUACUCUCACUUGAUGCAUCCUGGGUGAGCUCAGCGUCGUGGUAUUUCCUGAACGUGUUUGGGCUGCGAAGCAUGUACUCCUUAAUUCUAGGACAAGAUAAUGGUGCAGACCAGUCCAGGAUCAUGCAGGAGCAGAUGAGUGGUGCUGCCAUGGCCAUGCCUGCAGACACCAACAAAGCCUUCAAGGCAGAAUGGGAAGCACUUGAGCUAACUGACCACCAGUGGGCACUGGAGAAUAUUGAGGAGGAGUUGAUGAGUAGGGAACUGGAUCUGGAUGGAAUGUUCAGUAAGGAGUUACCAACGGGUAUCUUCUGAUUGCCAGUUCAUUACUGCAGGGAACCUGCCACUGGACAACAUUUUAGUUUUACUUAAAGUGGCUGACUUUGAGUUUUUAUAGGAAAUGACAUAGAGAAUGAUGUCUACAUUAAUUUCAGUGCCAUCAUUGUCCAUUUAACUUUAAUUGGAGAUUAGUAGUAGACUAAUUAACAGAAAACAUUAUAGUACCAAGUUCAAUUAAUACUUUUAACUAUUUGGAAGAUUCAGUGUCAGCUAUGUAAAACUCAUUACAAAAAAGGAUUAUAGUAAUGGAAAAACUUAGAAAUAAUGUAUUGUCAAAAACAAAACAUUUAAAAGGUGAAUGAAAAUGUGUUGUAUCACCACUUUGAAUUAUGUUUGACCUUGUAGUCUGAUUCUACCUAUCUGCGAUUUGUUUGGUCAUACUUGUUGGUUAUUUGUGAGCUUGUCGUAAAAAAAAAAAAGAAGAAGAAAAAAAGGUUUUAAUAUUAUUAGUAACUCAACUCAUUUGUAAGAGUUGGCUCUUAGCAACAUAAGACAACUAGGCAUUGAAGUAAAAACAACAACAAUUAAACAUGGUCAUUGCUGAUGAUUAAAUUCCAGUUAACAAUCUUUUAUCAUUCCUCUUUGAGUUUGUUUGCAGCAUCCUGUCAUGGCUGACAUGAGGCAAAUCUAGACAUUGGGUGCUGGAAAACUACUGUUUGUGAUAGUUUUAUGCAAUGUGUUAUUUUUAAUAUUUAUUUCUCCAAUUUAUUUUUAACAUUUCCCUUGUGCUUUUGUAUAAAGACUGUUUUGACUAAA